GUGCAUUGUGUGUGUGAUUGAAAGCAAUGUUUUUGAAAAAAUCAAAAAGUAAUUUUAGCUCGACGAAGUUGAAAAAAUUGCGAAAACCAGCACCGAGAGUAGCAAAGACGCAAAUUGUGGCCACUCGCAAAGCGGAAAGCGAAGAGUCCGAUUCCAGUGAAAACAUCUUAUCGGAUGAUGAGAAUCAGUGGAAGGAUACAAAGCGUACUGUUACGGAUCCAACACCAGAUUACCAAAAUAUUCAGAAAUUAGUCAAGUACGUGAAAGCGGGCAAUACAACCGCCACCAUUGUUUCAUUGUGUUGUCUAAAAGAUCACGAUUUGAGCAUAUCCACCAAUCAAAUGGCAAUUCAGGAAAUCGGUGGGCUCGAAGUGCUUGUCAAUUUACUGGAGAGUAAAGAUGCAAAAUGUCAAUUGGGCGCAUUGCAAGUGUUGGUACGCAUUUCCGGUUCGAAUGAUGUUCAAAAAGCGAUUGUUGACCUAGAUGGCAUUCCAUUGUUGGUAAAUAUUUUAACGGAACCAGCGUUAAAUUUGAAGACAAUGGCCGCGGAAACAUUAGCCAAUGUAGCCAAAAUAAAAUUAGCGCGUCGUCUUAUACGGAAAUGUGGUGGUAUUCCGAAGUUAGUGGAUUUACUUGAUGUUAAGCUUGACAUUUUAUUAAUGUCUCGAGAGCAAUUAGCCGACGAGCAAAAGCUGCAAGUAAAUAUGGCAUGUGCUGGUGCUCAAGCACUUUGUUCACUCUCCGAAUCGAAGCCAAACAAAGAGACGAUGCGGAAGUUCGGAUUGGUACCGUUGAUGUCACGGCUUUUGAAAAGUGUACACAUCGAUUUGAUUGUGCCAAUAAUGGGCACUUGCCAGAAUUGCGCAUCAGAGGAAAAUUUCCAAAUUGCUGUCAUCAGUGAGAACAUGGUAGAAAAUAUUGUGUAUCAUUUGUAUUCCGACAACUUGGAUAUCAAAUUACAAUGCAGUUUAGCCAUAUUCAAAUGCGCCAGCAACCGAACAGUGAGCGAUAUGGUACGAGAGGCACAUGGUUUGGAACAAUUGAUGUCAAUAGUGAAGGACAAAAGUAUGCGAGAUAUUAAGCCAUUAUUGGCAGCGGCAACAGGUGCACUGUGGAAAUGUACAUUGGUUGAAGAGAACGUCAAACAAUUAGAUAAUCUUCGCAUCCUGCAGGUUUUCGUGACGCUGCUAAAUGAUGAAAAUGAAAAUGUUCUGACAAAUGUGGUGGGUGCGUUGGCUGAAUGCUUGAAAUUUUCAAGUAAUCGAACUUCUUUUCGUACAAUUGGCGGUUUAACGCAACUCGUCAGCCUCCUAAACAGCACAUACGAACCGCUGUUGGAAAAUGUGACAAAGGCAUUGUGUGAAUGCGCGAAAGAUAUCGAGAGCAUGCAUAUUUUAGAACAAUUGGAUGCGGUUCGUUUAAUUUGGUCGCUGCUCAAGAAUCCAUGCUCUCGAGUUCAAGCCUAUGCUGCGUGGGCUUUAUGCCCUUGUAUCAAAAAUGCCCGAAAUUCUGGUGAAUUGGUGCGAAGUUUUGUUGGCGCCAUGGAAUUGGUCGUUGGCCUAUUAAAAUCUACCGAUACAUUGGUUUUAGCUGCUACUUGUGCUGCCAUUGCCACAAUUGCAAAUGACAAAAAUAACUUGGCCGUGUUAUCCGAUCACAAAGUCAUACCGAUGCUGGCUGAUUUGGUGUUCACAUCGGAUGAUAUGUUACGAGAGAAUUUAGCUGCAGCCAUUGCGAACUGUGCACCGUAUGGAACGAAUACACAAGAAUUGGGACGGUUAAAGAUCGUCGCUCCGAUAGUGGGUUAUAUGGUAAGCAAAAAUCCACGAGUUCAUCGUACUACCGCUAUGGCCUUACAACGUCUUUCCGUCGAUCCACAGAACUGUAUCACAAUGCAUCAAAGUGGCGUUGUACCCUUCUUACUCGAAACAGUUGGCUCCAAAGACAAAGAACUCCAAGAAGCAUCGGCGGGUUGCUUGCAAAAUAUUCGUGAGCUUGCUUUGCGAGCUGAAGAAUUUAAAUUAAAAAAGGUGUUUGAAUGAACGUUUA